CUGCACCCCUUGUACUGCCCUGCCUCAGUUCUUGGCUGAUUUGAGAGGGCACACUGAUCAGGACUCCUCGAGAGGAGCUGCUGGGUGUCGGUGCUCGACAGAGUGGCUAUCCUUCUGCCUGGGGGUGCUGAGAAAGGAGGAGCCCACACGAAAACAGCUGUCCCCAUGGCCCUUCAACUACUGCCUGGAAUUGGACUCUGGACGGGGCACUAAAAUGCUUGCUUGUCCAAGUUUCACAGCACGUGUAUUGACGAUUGGAAUCCUGAGCCAAUCAAGAAUCAAGUUGAAAGUGGUACUCCUGGGCUCUCCAUCCCAGACUUCAGCAAGACUAGAAGGGAGGGGUCUCCUGCUCUAACUAGUAGAUCUCCGUUCUGGAAUCGGACUUGACAGCUUUACUCACCAAUACUUGGACUGCAGUGGCUACAGGGUUCUCUUAGAGGUUGGAGGAGGGUUCUCUCUGAAGACCAGACCAAAACACUCAGAACCUCGACAAUGGACCGAGUUUAUGAAAUUCCUGAGGAGCCAAAUGUGGAUCCGAUUUCAUCUCUGGAGGAAGAUGUUGUCCGUGGGGCCAACCCCCGAUUUACCUUUCCAUUUGGCAUCCUUUUCUCCACCUUUUUGUACUGUGGGGAGGCUGCAUCUGCCUUGUACAUGGUUAGAAUCUAUCGAAAGAAUAGUGAAACCUAUUGGAUGGCAUACACCUUUUCCUUCUUUAUGUUUUCAUCCAUUAUGGUCCAGUUGACACUCAUUUUUGUCCACAGAGAUCUGGCCAGAGACAAGCCGCUAUCAUUGUUUAUGCAUCUAAUACUCUUGGGACCUGUUAUCAGAUGUUUGGAGGCCAUGAUUAAGUACCUCACACUGUGGAAGAAAGAGGGGCAGGAGGAGCCCUAUGUCAGCCUCACCCGAAAGAAGAUGCUAAUAAAUGGCGAGGAGGUGCUGAUAGAAUGGGAGGUGGGCCACUCCAUCCGGACCCUGGCUAUGCACCGCAAUGCCUACAAACGUAUGUCACAGAUCCAAGCCUUCCUGGGUUCAGUGCCCCAGCUGACCUAUCAGCUCUAUGUGACCCUGAUCUCUGCAGAGGUCCCCCUGGGUAGAGUUGUGCUAAUGGUUUUUUCCCUGAUAUCUGUCACCUAUGGGGCUACCCUCUGCAAUAUGUUGGCUAUCCAGAUCAAGUAUGAUGAAUACAAGAUUCGCCUCGGUCCACUAGAAGUUCUCUGCAUCACCAUCUGGAGGACAUUGGAAAUCACUUCCCGCCUCCUGAUUCUGGUGCUCUUCUCAGCCACUUUGAAAUUGAAAGCUGUGCCCUUCUUAUUGCUCAACUUCCUGAUUAUCCUCUUUGAGCCUUGGGUUAAAUUCUGGAGGAGUGGUGCCCAGAUGCCCAAUAACAUUGAAAAAAAUUUCAGCCAGGUUGGCACCCUGGUGGUGCUGAUUUCCAUUACAGUCCUCUAUGCUGGCAUCAACUUCUCUUGCUGGUCAGCUUUGCAGUUGAAGUUGGCAGACAGGGACCUUGUUGAAAAGGGUCAGAACUGGGGACAUAUGGGCCUGCACUAUAGUGUGAGAUUGGUAGAGAAUGUGAUCAUGGUCCUGGUUUUUAAGUUCUUUGGAGUGAAAGUGUUACUGAAUUAUUGUCAUUCCUUGAUUGCCUUGCAGCUCAUUAUUGCUUACCUGAUUUCUAUUGGCUUUAUGCUCCUUUUCUUCCAGUACUUGCAUCCAUUGCGCUCACUCUUCACCCACAACAUCGUGGACUACCUCCAUUGUGUCUGUUGCCACCGGAACCCUCGGGGCAGGCUUGAGAACUUGGAGUCACCAUUUGAUACUGAAACAACACAAAGUGUUGUCUGAUUCUAUCUCCUGGGUAUUUUUGGAUGGAUUUGGGUGGCCAAGAGCAACUGUGAAAUUUAAGCAGAGGAUGAGGCUCAUGAAUGAUGAGUACCCACUGGGACUUUUUUUUUUUUUUUUUUUUAAGUUUUCUGGUAAGCCUUUCAGAAGAAAGAGCAGCCCCCAAAUAGGUUUCAUUUUCUUAAAAUUGACUGCUAUGUUUGCACACCAGGAUAGCCACCAUAUAUUCAGAAGGGUCAGAGAUAGCAUUUAUACUCCUCCCAUCCAGGUCAGCUGUCUCGCCUCCCAAUGGGAUAACCUACCUCCAUGCACUUCAGGCAUUCUUUGACCUUCUAGUUCUGCUCAUUUGCUUGAGGUGCAUUACUGAGCUUUCCCCAGGCUGAACUAAAAGACCAGAAUCCAGCCAGAAUAUAUCCUGACUGAUCAGAGGAUGUGACUACUUACUAGCUAUGGUUACCCUUCAGGAAACAUUCUGACUAAGGUGGAACAUUUAACUGUAAGUGUGGCUGGGGUCUUUAGUUCGAAUGAGAAACUCUGGUUAAGAAGAAAAACCCCACUAUUAAAAGUUCUGCUCUCCAAAUGAGUUAGCUCUCCAUUAAGGUUUUACUAGUGAUCAUUCAUCAAGGACCUCUCUUUUCAGUGGUCCAUUAUAGGCACACUCUGAGGAGGGAGUGGAGAGUAAGAUUCCUUCAGGGCAUAUGCCAGAAUGACUUUUUUCCUCAGGGACCUGCAUGGACCUGCAGCUUGUACAAUGGAAUGGUUAAGUAAAAUCUCUCUCUUUGUGGCUCAUUAUCAGGGAUUCCCUUCAACCCAGCUUUUCUGUGUUUUUGCUACUUGAUAUGAACCUCAGAGAAGGUGAACUGUAAUUAAAAAUGUUUCUAAUGUGUGGAAGAAGUGAAGAUUUCAUUGUGUC